AUGAUAAGAAGACGACUCCGGCUGAGCUACUCUUCCGGCGAAGAAGAGGCAGCACCGCCACCGCAAUCAUCCACCGUGACUCACCCACCCGUUACCCAAGCCCGUCCGAACCCUUACCCCUCCGAACCACUCCCGAUUUCCUCCGACGACGAGGAGUUCAUCGACGUCUCCGACAACCUCUCGCCGCCGUCUCCUGAGUUUCCCGAAUCCCAUAAUCCACGGCCGCCUCCACCGAGCUCCGGCGGUUGUCCGAUUGGCCAGUUUCUCCAGGGACUUGGCUUGAGGCUGAAGCGGGAGUGGUUGGAUGGUUGCGCUUUGGGGCUACAGCAAUCCGUGCCGGGUUUUCGAAACCUCGAUGCGGCGGCGAAGGCCAAGCUCUGCUUCGAGCAGUUUUUGGUUUCGGAUAUGAAUCUCUCCGGAGGUGGUGUGCUCCCUCAGAAUGUGGCCUCUCUUCAUCUUGUUGAUCUUCCUGGACCUUAUGUGUUGCAGGUUGAUGAAAUUGUCAACAUUAGCAAUCCUUUGAAGAUCAGGUAUCAGAAAGCCUCGGCUGGACACAAAAGGUGCCUGAAGCUGUCCAUGACCGAUGGUGUCCAACGUGCUUUCGGCAUGGAAUACAGGCCCAUUCAGGCCCUUGAUGCUUUGGCUCCUGCUGGAUUGAAGGUUGUUGUGUGCAAUGUACAUAUACGCCAUGGACUUCUUAUGCUGGUCCCUCAAUCUCUAGAAGUUCUGGGAGGAUUUGUUGAAGAGCUGGAUGCGGCACGAAAAAGGCUUGUUGAUGAGGUGAAUCAGCCACCAAGGGGAAACAGAACCAGGAAUGGAUUAGUUCCUCCUCUAGCGAAUAGGGCAGCCCUUGCCGGGUGGCCUCCUGAUGGUGUUCAUGUUGCUGGACAGGCUAAUACUUCCACAUUGGAAGCCCCAACCCCCCUUCAGGCGUCUAACCAAGGUGCUGGUAGAAAUAGCAUUCCGAUAAAUACCCAAGAGACUGUUCCUCUACGUGCAGAACAUGCUGUUUAUCAUCCAUCAUCUAUUAUUGAUGAUGAUAUGUCUAUGGAUUCUAUUCCCAAUAGCAGAGAAAAUGCUGUACCCAACCCAUCUUCUAGUGACCUUGGUGUUCAGAGACUCCAUAUUAAUAUCGUUCCUUUUACGAGGGAAAAUCCAGUGCCUAAUACUGCCAUUGCUAACCCACCCAACCUACCUUUUGAGGAUGCUUUGGAUAUUGAAGAGGACAUUGACACUGAUCCUGUAUCUAUUAGCCGUAGAACUCAUAGGUCUCAUCCAUCAAUUUUGGAUGAUGAUGAUGAUGAUGAUAUCCAUUUGGUUGAUGCGGAUGAAACUCACCCAUCCUCGGAUGCUAUUAUGAAUGAAGAGGAUACCAAUAUCGUGAAUGAGGUGGAGCACCCACUCCUACUGCUUGGAGAGCGAGAACCCCCUUUUGUUUACCUAUCUAGUUUGUUUCUCAGGUUGGGUACCAGUAACAUUCAAUCUGUACGAGGAAAGGUUAAGUGUUGUUUGACUGGCGUCAAGUCUUUCAAAUAUGAGCAGAAAUAUGAUCUCCGGGCAUACAUUGAUGAUGGCGGUAUGAUAUCAGAGAUUCUCAUUGAUCACGAUGUUGUACAGAAAAGGAUAGGCCAUUCUCCUGAGGCUGUCAAGGCCCGUCUUUCUUCCCCAGAUAAGGCUGUAGUGUCUAAAAUGAAGGCGAAUAUGAAGAAUUUCCAAGUUUUCUUAUCAAAUUUCGAGGGGAUAAUACUCAUUGAGAUGAGUAAAGGCUCUGAUCUUCCGGUUGCCCUUGAGAUGAAUCAGGGCUGUCUGUCAUCUGAUGCAUGGCUGCUUGUGAGGAGACUAAAGGGCACCCCUCCGGCUCAGACAUCAGAAAGUCACUCCUUGCGCCUGGCUCAGACGUCACAAAGACUGUCCUCAUGCCCCAUUGAAAUAUCUCCCUAAUUGCUGAAUAUCACUUUAGUUUAGGCAGGUGCUAUUGCUGUCCUUGUUUGUACGAUAGGAAAUGUUCCUAUUGUGAAAUCUUGUGUCAGCGAUUUACACAUCUAAAAAUAGGUUGGUACGAUCUUAGCUUCUUAAUUGA